GGCCAGCACAAUUUCUGUAUUUUAGUAGGAAUGGUCUGCUUGUAGGAAUUUCUCCAAAUUCCAAACUCUCAAAAAGAAAGGUAAAUGGAAGGGGACAUGUCGGUCAUCGUUUUUCUGUGAAGUGGUGAGAGUUGUGGGUAUUUAAAAAAAAGAAGUGAAGUAUGGGGAUUCACCAUUGCUGUCUACGGGGAUUUAAUUGAAACGGUGCACCCGAAUCCAUCGCAUACGGAGUAUGUUUGCCGCCCUCUUUUGUCCAAUUUGAAGAACUGUUUUAUGUUUCAAAUCACUAAAGCACAUAACAGCCGUAUAUGAGUUUGGGAAGUGUGACCUUUGACCUCCUGCCUUUUGUUGCUAGAAAACAAUUUCGGUUGCGGGUCUUCAAGAUCGUUCGCAUAUUUCGACAUCGAAUUGUCCAACUUUCUCCAUUUUUUGACAGAUUAGUGUUUAUCAUGGAUCCAGAUGGAACCCCAGAACCGAUAGACUUUGAUUUCUUCGCUGAAGACGAUGGAGAUGCCGUCAGAUCUGAAAGGAUUUCUGGUCGGAGUGAGAGCCCGUUGGCUAAUUCGGGGAGGACUAGGCCGGAAAGCGCCGGUAGCGUACGUUCAGCUGUAAGUAGCCGCAAUAGCAUCAGCGUGAAGAUCCCGUAUGCCGGACCAACCGGUAACAGGGAAAAUUACUACAGUGCAAAGGGCACGUAUUCAGAUUCAAGUGAGGAUGAGCACUCAUUUAAAGACAGUCGGUUUGAAAAUAAACACCCAGUUCAAACAAACUUGAAUUUAAGCGAUCGGGAAAGUCGUGAGCGUGAAAAUGGAAUGAGAUUCAGUGAAAAAAAUGGAGGCAUUGAGACAAGAACUUCAUCAAACAGGCCAAAAACCUCUAAAGGUCUUCGUAGUCACAGAAGACGGGACAGCUCAAGUUCUCACGGCUCUAGUACGUCAAAGUCCAAUCGAAGUCAUACUAACAGUUCUUCGUCAAAGAGUGAACACAGCGACUCAUACACUAGUGUCAGUGAUUCAGACAGUGAUGUAACAGAUGUAUCGCCCCUUCCAAGCCCAGCACGGUCCCCGACACCUACACUGGAGUAUGACCAAGAUGAGUUUGAAGACAGUUUUGAGGAGAAAAAAUUGCGAUGGGCAAAGGCCGAGAAGGAGUCUUUCAAUGGGGAUAGCAGACACAAUAGAAGAAAGACUGGCAAGAAGGAAAGCGUACGCUUCGCUGGGGUCACUCCGAGUAAUGGAACUGUAUCUAAGCGUGACAAGCACAUAGAGGAGACAGAAGCACGAGAAUUGAGUAGACUCCUCAGGGCUGUUUUGGAAAUGGACGACACACCAAAUCGUUCGCCGCUGCAUACUUUUCACCAGCCGGCAACAGCAAAGCUAAGACCGAUGUCUGCAAAGAAGGCGCCAACAGGUACCGUGACCCAUCCCAUGCCUCAUCAGAGAGUCAACCUGUCCUUUAGCAAUGACAAAGUCCGACAGAUUGACCGCGAAAAUCAGCGAUUAUUGCAGAAGAUUCUGCAGAGGCCCAAGUCGGGUGUGUCCACAUCGAGGGCAGCAGCACCAUUAACAAAAAAGGGAGGCCCUCCAAAAAUGACAAGCCACUCAGCCAUACGCAGGCAGCGGGAACAGCAGAAGAUUGAGAUGGAAAAUAUGAAAAUCCUGGAGCGGAUUGAGGCUGCCCGGGCCUCCUCCACAGUACGACGGGAUAAGCUCCUGCAGGAUCACAGCAAACAGAUGAAAUAUGCAGCCCAGGUGUCCAAAGGUUCAGUGAGACCACAUAGCUCCAAACUGUCCGGCUAUUCACACUCUGGCAGCCUUGGCAAAGGAUCCAGCACCACUAGUCUCAACAGUGAUGUGAGCCGCACCACCACAGGAUCGGCUGGAUCCAGGAAGAUGAGACCAAGCAGUGGGCGGAGCAUGCCGCCCCCUCCUCGAGGGCCCAAACAGGCCUGGGAUGAUCGCUGGUAGUGAAGAAGGUUUUAGCCAAUGUGGACGCCAUACAAAUGUAAUUUGAUAGAAUUUGGUGGAGGGGGGAGGGAUCAGGACGUGGAAAUUCCCGUUAACGUAACCUACCCUUGUGCAGCCUCUUAGUACCAUUGUAAAUUUGGCAUCCAAAAAUGUACCAGUUUUGUGUCCCCGUUUUACCCAUAUACAGUAUUAAAAUAUAUUGAAAUUGACUUUAAACAAUUUUCUUUGUUCGGCUAGCAACGGUACAUGUAGUUUUAAUCACUAA